AUGAUGCGCCGCAGGCCGUUGAAGAAAGGGAAGAAAGCGUGCACCGAGUGCCGUCAGCAGAAGGCAAAAUGUGACGUUUAUUUAAAUCCAGACGAGCCGUGUACUCGAUGCCGCAAAGUUAAGGCGGAAUGCAUUAUCUCGGACCCCUUCAAGAGAGAGCACAAGCGCAGACGCCUUUCAGAUUUGCAGCGCGAGUCUGAAGAGUUGCGGCGAAAGCUCCGGGAAUCACAACCUGCAGAUCCCCACCCCUCGCCCAUUGCUCUCUUGACAGCUGCGGCCGAGCUAGGAAGCCGAUCGGAUCCACAUGUUGCCUCUCUUCCUGCUUCAUCGCAUUUGUCGCCUGACUCGUAUCCAACGCAGUUGCUAGCUCCAAGUAGUCUGGGGUCCGCGACUCCGGCACCGGCCUACGACAGUGACGAUGCCACACUACCUAGAACUUUGAGUGGAGUCAAACUCACAAGCGCAGAGAUCGACGAUCUGUUUCAAUUGUAUUUCCGUCACUAUGCCCAGUUCCUUCCUAUUCUUGAUCCUCAUACCCGCCCAAACACUUUCUAUGCUCAAUGUCCCUUCCUCUUCUGGUCGAUCAUUGGCGUUUCAUGUCGGGUCUAUCCACAAAACCCCACGCUGCUGAUAGCGUUGGCGCGGAGUAUCAUUGAGAUGGCAUUCAUGUCCGCCCUGUCAUCAUCACCGCCUUGGCACAUAAUCCAGGCGUUUUUGUUGAUUCUACAGUGGCCAUUCCCAAAGGGCGACCAUCCUGAUGUGAACUAUACAGUUGCAGGGAUGAUGUUGCAUGUCGCCAUGCAGAAUGGCUUGCAUAUCCCAAUGUCAAGUCAUGAAUUUUCACGUCGGAAAAUGCCGGCGCCUUCCGAGGCUGACCUUCUACGUCGGUCCGAAUUAUGGGCGUUGUCUGUGGUAGUUUAUCACCGGGUCUGCAUGCAAAAGGGACAAAUACCUCGAAUCAACUCCGCGCAAGACCCAACGCAGCGCCAAGCUAUCCUCGAUAAGGUCGCUCCGUGGUUGGCGCUGAAGCUCCGAUGCCAAGGGAUAGUUGGCAGAUGUAGCGAGGCAGUAAUGGAAAAUGGAAUUCAAACAAUGUCAAUGGACCAAGAGCGGUCCCUUGAUAUCUUGCUUCGUACAUAUGAGAGUCAGAUAGAUGACCUUGAACUGCAAGCAGUUUCUGAUGACGAGAGGUUUGAUGUCUUAUUUGGCCGCAUGGCCAUUCAAGGCUACCACUUCUACAAGAUCCAGACAUGGGUCUCAAGUGCAUGUUUCCCACGAGUCCUCGUCACAGCAUGCAAUUUAAUCGACUACAUUCAAUCCUUAACCGAUCGGGUUAGCAGCCUAGCAAUGACACCCGCCCAAAUGCACUUCGGUCUAUUCCUAGCCUCAACCUCCUUACUAAGGAUUCUCAAAAGUCCAGCCGCUUCACACGGCUUAGAAACGAUUCGUGCACGAGCAUCCCUCUUCACAGCCAUAAAUCUCGCCAAGCAAAUGUCCGUCGACAGUGCAGACAUGGCUUCCAAAAUGGUGAUUGUUCUCAGCGCAAUAUGGAAUAGCAACAAGGCAUUCCGGAGACCAGAUGGGUCGGAGUUCACCACACUCCGCAUCCGGGGUCGGUUAGUGGUUAGUCCUAUUAUUGAUGCUAUUUGGUGGUGGCGAGAUGAAUAUGAUCCUCCUUCCAGAUUCAGAUCUGUCGUUGAGCCUGCCGGAGGUUGUGUUUACGGACAUUCGCGGUCAUAUGAAGCGCCGGAAACCGGGCCUAUCGCCACGGGAACUGAUACGAGUCAACAGGAUGUGACUGGUGGUCUUAAUCAGGAUGCAUUCCUUCUUGAUGAGCAGUUCCUGGCUGACUUUGAGUGGGCCUUGACUGAUGACUUGUUGUUUCCUACGGAAAACAUGCCCAAUUAUUGGGCUGCGGGGAACAAUAUGUUGUAG